AUGGUCAGAGACUGCAGGCAUGAUACAGAAGAUGGUCAAAGACUGCAGACGUGAUACAGGAGAUGGUCAAAGACUGCAGACGUGAUACAGGAGAUGGUCAAAGACUGCAGACGUGAUACAGGAGAUGGUCAAAGACUGCAGACAUGAUACAGGAGAUGGUCAGAGACUGCAGGCAUGAUACAAGAGAUGAUCAGAGACUGCAGACAUGAUACAGGAGAUGGUCAGAGACUGCAGACAUGAUGCAAGUGAUAGUCAGAGACUGCAGGCAUUAUACAAGAGAUGGUCAGAGAUUGUCAACAUGAUACAAAAGAUGGUCAGAGAUGGAAGAUAUGAUGCAGGAGAUGGUCAGAGACUGCAGACAUGAUACAA